AGCUAGAAUUGAACUAGACUAGACCUCCAGGCUACUAUAUAGAGGCCUGCCAUAAGGCCCUCGAUGUCUACCAUGGCCAUCCCCAGAGAAUCCGAUCUGCGAUCAUGCGUCUCCCGCUCACCCUCGCCCUCCUGCCCUUCUCCGUGCAAGCCAUCAAUAUCAUCUCGUCGAACGAUGAUGGCUGGGCCGAGAUCAAUAUCCGCCAGCUGUACGACUCGCUUACUGCUGCCGGUCAUUCGGUGGUGAUUUCCGCCCCGGCUGAGAACGAGAGUGGCACUGGUUCCAACGAUGGCACGCCCAGCGUGCUCACCUCCCCCUGCGAAUUCAAUAGCUGCCCCACUGGCAGUCCCGCCUACGGCCAGAACAGCACCGAGCCGCGCUUCAACUACGUCAACUCGUACCCGGUCACGGCCAUCAAAUACGGCAUCAACACCCUCGCCUCGACCUUCUUCGAUGCCUCUACGCCCGACCUCGCCGUUGCCGGGCCCAACGUCGGCUCCAAUCUAGGCUUGGGGGUGUUCUUCUCCGGGACGGUUGGCGCCGCCACCUACGCGGCCAACACGGCCGGGAUCCCGGCGAUCGCGUUCUCGGGCGCUACGGGCUCGCAGACGGCGUGGGACGUCUCGUCCGUCCCCGUCUACAGCACGGUGUAUGCGGAGCUGGCGCGCAAGGUGACUGACCAGUUGAUCGCGGCGGGCACGCCGUAUCUGCCGGAGAAUGUGUGGUUGAAUGUAAACUUUGGCAAGGUGAGUGACAGUUCUUGUGCGACGGCGGACGACUUCACGUUCGUCCUGUCGAGGAUCCACGCGGCCGUGCCUUUGAUCACGGCGGAGGAUGUGGAGACGUGCGGAUCGACGAGAUUGCCGACGGAGACUAAAGUGGUUGGCUCGGACGGGUGUUUUGCGAGUGUUUCGGUGGGGAUGGCGGGGGAUAAGUUGGAUGCGGAUGCCACGGUGCAGGGGGUCGUGUUGGAAAAAUUGGCAGAUCUGCUGACCUGUCUGUAA